GAAGUCCGGUGGGGCCCCGCGCGACGACGUUCGAUAUUCAGUCGACGCCGGUCGCUCGACAAAAUCGGCUCGUGUCCCUCGUCGCUUAUUCAAAACUGUAGUGCGAUAAUGCAGAAGAGUGAUAAAUGUGUAUUUUUGUACAACUCCUGAAUAACGUUCGGUUGGAGUGGAGGUUACCGAUGCGCGUUAAACUUGAUUUACAUUGGAAAACGUAACAUAACGAUUGACAGCCAUGAGAAGAAUUGAAGUUAAAGUGUGACUGACCAUACAAAGCGAAAACGUGCCUCAUUAAAAAAAAGAUAAGAGCAAUAAAGGAGAGAUUACAGAAAGGCGCUAUCAAAUUAAACGGAAGCAGUAACGACAGACAGAAUGUCGGUCAUAAAUUUUUUGCAAUUGUUGCAUUAUCGUGCUUUUGAUAAUCGAAGCCUUCGCAAACCCCAUUUUACGCAAGGAUGAAGAAUUCACUAUUAGAAUCGUUCACACGAAUGACAUGCAUUCAAGAUUCGAAGAGACGUCACAAUUAUCAACGGCAUGUACGCCGGCCGACUCCAAAGCCGGAAAAUGUUACGGAGGUUUCGCCAGGAUCGCCACUUUGGUUCGCCAAGCGAAAUCGGAGUCGCCUUCGACGAUUUUUCUGAAUGCCGGUGACACUUACCAAGGAACCGUGUGGUACAACAAGUAUAAGUGGAGGGCGGUGACUUGGUUCAUGAACCUCUUAGCGCCAGACGCUAUAAGUUUGGGCAACCACGAGUUCGACGACGGUGUCAAUGGUUUAAUACCUUUUAUACAAAAUGCCUCGUAUCCCAUCGUAACGGCAAACUUGGAUCUCAGCGAGCAGCCAAAUUUGGCCGCGACGAAUUUGAAGAACAGCACGAUUCUCGAAGUAAGCGGCAAAAAGAUCGGCGUGAUCGGUUAUCUGACGCCGGAAACGAAAAUCUUGGCGAGUACCGAGAAAGUGAUCUUCAACGAUGAAGUGGAGUCUAUACGAAGGGAAGUUAAAAAAUUAAAGGAACAGGGCAUCGACAUUCUCAUCGCUGUGGGUCAUUCGGGUUUCGAGGUCGAUAAGAAGAUCGCCCGAGAAGUCGAGGAUAUCGACCUGGUUAUCGGAGGCCACACGAAUACCUUCCUCUAUCGCGGUAAACCGCCGGAUGUCGAAGUACCGGAAGGUUUUUAUCCGACAGAAGUGGUUCAGAAAAGCGGCAGGAAGGUCUAUGUUGUACAGGCAUACGCGUAUACCAAAUAUCUGGGUAAUUUCUCUGCGAGUUUCGACGUUAGAGGCGAAAUAACGCAUAUCGAGGGCAAUCCAAUUCUCGUGGAUGCCAACGUGGAGCAGGCGGAAGACGUUUUGAGAGUGAUAAGAGAAAAAAGAGGACCCAUCGACGAUUUGCAAAAAGAAGUGGUCGGGAUGACGCGCGUGCUCUUGGAUGGCGACGCCAAGAAUUGUAGACGGAAAGAAUGUAACAUGGGCAAUUUAAUCUGCGACGCUAUAAUUGAUUACUACGCCACGGAAUAUUUUGACGUCAAUGGAUGGACAGGCGCCGCCAUCGCGGUACAGAACAGCGGUAGCAUCAGGUCAUCUAUCACUAGAGCGAGAAACGAUCAGGUUACUCGAGGAGAUAUCCUAGGUGUCUUGCCCUUCGGAAACGUCGUCGUGAAAGUCUCCAUGACAGGAGAACGGCUUCUUACAAUGCUAGAAUGGAGCGUUCACAGUAUCGAUAACUUAACUUCCACCGGGAACUUAUUUGGCGCUUAUCUACAAUAUUCAGGACUGCAGGUGGUCUAUGAUGUAAGUCAACCACCGAACUCGAGAGUAGUUUCAGUUUACGUCCGAUGCACAGCUUGCAGAGUUCCAACGUACAGUAAACUUCAGAAGAACAUGACGUACAAUGUCCUCAUAAAUGAUUUCAUCGCAGGAGGCGGAGACGGUUUCCACAUGUUAGAAGGUCUCGAAACAACCUCCCUCGGUAUCACUACCGCGGAAGUAUUGGAACAGUAUUUCAGAAAACACAGUCCAAUACAUCCAGGCGUGGAGUGGCGAAUUUUGUAUAAAGAUAUAAAAAUUGAAAGCUAUAAUCUUGGGACAACACAUCAAUCGGUUGGAAUGACUAUUAUUUUAUCAAUGAUUACUUGGUUAUCGUUGACAUAAUAAAAACGCUAUCAAUUUCAAUUAUAAAUGAUAAGCGGAGCACGUAUAUCGAAUUCCUUAAUUCCGGUUGUACUUUUACAAUUUACAAUUUUACUACCUCAAUAUUAUUUGCGAUUUACAUUGUUUCUACAUUGUUUUUGCAUAAGUUAAAAUAUAUAUCGAAGAGUGAUACAUGGGAAAAAUGGAGAAUACAAACACACAGUAUUGUCCACUGUAAUUUUAUUCUUUUAAAAAUAUUACACUUGUUAAAAAUAUUGCAGUUAAUAA